AUGGCCUGCCGGGGUUGCGGCUGCAGCUGCGGCCCGGGCCAUCUGAACGAGGACAACGCGCGCUUCCUGCUGCUCGCCGCGCUCAUCGUGCUCUACCUGCUGGGCGGUGCCGCCGUCUUCUCGGCGCUGGAGCUGGCGCACGAGCGCCAGGCCAAGCAGCGCUGGGAGGAGCGCUUGGCUAACUUCAGCCGCCGCCACAACCUGAGUCGCGAGGAGCUGCGAGGUUUCCUCCGCCACUACGAGGAGGCCACUGAGGCCGGCAUCCGCGUGGACAACACCCGUCCGCGCUGGGACUUCACCGGCGCCUUCUACUUCGUGGGCACCGUGGUGUCCACCAUAGGGUUUGGGAUGACGACUCCGGCGACAGUAGGAGGGAAAAUCUUCCUGAUCUUUUACGGCCUCGUUGGGUGUGCAAGCACCAUCUUGUUCUUCAACCUGUUCCUGGAGCGACUGAUCACCGUCAUCGCCUACAUCAUGAAGUCGUGCCACCAGCGGCAGCUCCGGAGACGGAGGGCGCUGCCCCAGGACAGCCUGAAGAACCUGGGCAGGUCUGAGGUGGACGGGCUGGCCGGCUGGAAGCCCUCCGUGUACUACGUGAUGCUGAUCCUCUGCCUGGCCUCGCUGCUCAUCUCCUGCUGCGCCUCAGCCAUGUACACGUCCAUCGAAGGCUGGAGCUACUUCGACUCGCUCUACUUCUGCUUUGUGGCUUUCAGCACCAUCGGCUUCGGGGACCUGGUCAGCAGCCAGAACGCCCAGUACGAGAGCCAAGGCUUCUACCGCUUCGCCAACUUUGUCUUCAUCCUCAUGGGCGUCUGCUGCAUCUACUCCUUGUUCAAUGUCAUAUCCAUCCUCAUCAAACAGUCCGUGAACUGGAUUCUGAGGAAGGUGGACGGCGGCUGCUGCCAGCGGUGCCAGAACGGGCUCCCGCGGUCUCGUAGGAACGCGGUCAUGCCAGGCAGCGUCCAGAACCCGUGCAGCAUCUCCAUAGAAACGGACGGGGUGAUGGAGAGUGACACGGAUGGACAGAGUCCCUCGCAGGAGGGACUCUCCGGGAAGGACUGCCUGACAGCCCACAAGGCCUCGCUGCCCAUCAUCCCGAAGCAGCUGCCCGAGUCGGCCAAUGGCUGCCCCCACCAGGCCGGCACGCUGUGUCAGGACAACGAAUUCUCAGGGGGCAUAGGAGCCUUUGCGAUAAUGAACAACAGGCUGGCAGAGACGAGUGGGGACAGGUAG